UUUGGCUCUAAUCGUUAUCGGGAUCGAAACGGGAAAACGACGAGAACGCGCUCUCGCGUCGCUUUUUAUUUAAUUGUAAAUUUCGGAUAAAUUGCCUUCUUCUUGUUUGUUAUCCUGUACUCCACUUUUUUUUUUGUUUGUUUUUAGUAACUGUUGAAUUUUGUUAAAGUGUUUUAACUAAGGCGAGAUCAAAAGAUUUCUACCCUUCCCCUGCAACACCACCAACGAAAAAAAAAACGCAUUCCUGCACACACAAAAAAUGCGUUUGACCAGCAUCUGUGGCGUGCGUGUGUAUUAGUGCAGCCGUCUCCCUCCCUCGCGUGCGUGGUGCGGGCAAGUGUGUUUGUGUGUGUGGUGUAGCUGCAACUAAAAACCGAAAACUAAACAAAAAAGAAAUAAAUAAAGAAAAACUUAACCAAGCGACAAUGUGAUGCGAAACGGCGAUAAAAUAACAACAACGGGCGCGUGAAGCGAAAAAAACUGCAGAUAUACAAAGAGAGUGGAGAGGAGAAAAAAAAACGCGGAAAUGCACUUGAGCGCAUAAUUUUUAUAAGCCAAGCGACAAACGCACACAAAAAACAACAACAAAAACAGUAAAGUAAUACAAGAAGAAGGAAAAUAAAUACAAUUCGAGAAGAGCCAGCAGCAGCAGCAGAAUAAAAAGAAGCAGCAGCAGCAGUGUCAGCAAAAAGGAGAGGAGGAGAAGCAUCGCACUCUCUCUGUCCCUCUCUUGCUACUCCUCUUUGGAGUAUGUGUAUAUGCACUACACUGAGAGACAUUUAAACCAACUAUGUAGCUAGGAUGUUGGGUAAAUAAAAAGCCAACGAAAACGAGCACAAAAUGUUGCAGGCAAGCGCAGCAGCAGCAGGAACAACAACAGCGCUAAAUACAGUAGCAGACAUAACAACAGCUAACCCUGCUGAGCAGAGCGAGACGCAGGCCGUAGUGGUGGUGGCUACACCGGAAGAAAAAUCGCAACGUCGCCGCUCCACAUUCUAUGUGCCUUUGGUGAUUGAAGACGACGAGGAGGAGCACCAGCAGCAGCAGCACCACCACCACCAAAAAUCGGGCAGCAACUCUAGCCUGAGCAGCACCACAAAUUCCCUAACCAAUUCCCUUACCAAUUCCGAAACUAAAUCGACCAAAAGCUAUAGCCUGCGCAAGUCCAGUUCGGUGAAGAGCGGCGUGGCCAAGGUGAGUGCUCUGUUCGAGCGGAAAGGUGCAACGCCGGCCAAGAUGUCGCCACCUUGCGGCUUCAACUGGAGCAUCAGUGGCAGCGAAACGAAUGCCCAAUAUUCCGAUACCGAUGAGGAUGAGGAGAGCUCCACGGAGGCUCGCCACCGGGAGCUACUGCUCAAGUCCCUCAACACCAGUAAUGCUGCCUCGCCAUCGAAGCUCAAGCGGUAUGGCAUAGUCCUCAACGUUAGUAUCUUCAAGCCCAGCGAUUCGGAUUCUGCUGCUGCUGCUACUGGUCCGGCACCAGCUUCGGGCCCAACUCCUGCUGCUGCUGGAGCAGCUCCCAGGAGUCAUUUUAAUGAGGAGCAUGACAUUGUCCUGGCCACGCCGCCCAAGAUGCAGGCCUUGUCCCAGGCGGAAGCCACUAAUACCGCUGGCGCCGCCGCCGCCGACUACGACGAUGACUCAGAGAUCAGUCGCAUGCAGACCAACACCUCGACGCCCAUCAAGCUAAUGAAGUCUCGAUCGCGGACAAACAUACUGGCCGUGCCGCUGCCCACCGUAGAACGGGGUUUGGCAAACAAUAAUAAUAAUAAUAAUAUUAAUAACAAUAUCAAUAUCAACAAUACCUCAUCGACGGCGACGACGUCGUCAUCGUCGUCAACGACGACAACGACUACGACGACGACGCUGAUUACGCUCCGUGCGAAAUCAAAGACCCUGCCGCAAAACCUAUCGCCGUCAGUUGUUUUACGCGAGGCCGCCGCUCUGGAUGAGCUCGAAAAGAAGCGGGAAAAGCAGGAAAAACUGCAACAGCAGCAACAUCACUUGCAUCAGCAGCACCGCCAGCUGUUUGGCGGCAGCACCACCACACACAUUUCCGGUGCCGGUGGCGCCGUCUCAUCGUCGCCGUAUAAACUGCAAACCAGCUGCUCGGCCACCUCCAUUCUGACGCACAGUUUUCCGCCCAAAAAUCUAUUCCUGCUCAAGUCCACGCCCAAACUGCAGGCGGAUCCAGCCACACCGGCUAUAUGCUCACCGCCCAAGAAGUCCCUGAGCUUCAUACGACGGGCCAACUCCACCAAGGUGGCCAGAAGCAAUAGUUUGCUGAAACCGAGCCAGGGAGGAUCGAUAGCGGGCACUUCGUCAUCGUUUGCUAGCAGCGGAGGAGGAGGAGGAGGAGGCAAUUCGGUUGGAAUGCACAUGCAUUCGGGCGGGGUACUGUCCACCAGCUGUGCUGGUGGCGGAGACUCAUCCAGUGGCAGCAAUCAGGGCAGCUGGGGCAAACACUUCUAUCAGACCUACGAUGUCUGUCCGUUGAGCCUGGACGAGCUGAACUGCUACUUUCAGGCGGAUCACUGCGAGGAGCUUAUCUGCGAACGCUUCAAGAUCAAGGAUCUGGCCAUCCACAUGGCAUCUACAUUGGCAGCCGGAGCAGACCUUUCGGUGGCCACGGAAAAUGAGACCACUACAGGGACCAUAACGGCGACGGAGGACGAUGCGGGACAUCAUUCUGAUACCUCCUAUGAGAAGGCCUGUCGCCGCGGAUCGGCUCCCACAACGCCCAUACUGGGCAGCAAACAGCAUCAGACGGACAGCACCACCUCGCGUUUCACAAACUUCUUUUCCAAAAAAUCCAAUCCCCUGAAGCGUACCAAGUCGGUGACCAAAUUGGAGCGAACCAAGCGAGGUUCCGGCGGACUGAGAGGCUCCCGCUCGCACGAGAGUCUGCUGUCCAGUCACGCCGUCAUGUCCACCAUAGAUCUCUCUUGCACGGGAGCUGUGGGCGUGGCACCGGUGCACCAGUCGGUGCUGGGCAGGCGCCACUGCUUCCAGGUGCGCGGCGGGCCGCGUGGCGAGCGUUACUACUCGUGCGGAUCGCGACAGGAGCGCGAUUUGUGGAUCUACUCGCUGCGCAAGUCGAUAGCCCCGAAUGCAGAGCACACGCGACGCACCGACAACUCACUAAAGAUGUGGGUCUACGAGGCGAAGAAUCUGCCGCCCAAAAAGCGUUACUUUUGUGAACUGCAGCUGGACAAGACGUUGUACGGUCGGACGUCGGUGAAGCUGCAAACGGAUUUGCUCUUCUGGGGCGAAUACUUUGAUUUUCCGGACAUACCGGAGAUCAAUGUGAUUACGGUCAAUGUUUUCCGUGAGGUGGACAAGAAGAAGAAGCGCGACAAGUACCAGUUUGUGGGCUCCGUCAAGAUACCCAUCCACGAUGUCACCUCCCGUCUGCCCUGCGAGCAAUGGUAUCCCAUUCUAAGCGACAAGGCGGGCGAUAGUCUGGGCAGGACCUCCGGUGGCGGUGGCAGCGGUUCGAAGGAUAAGGAACAGCUGCCAACGCUGCGGAUCAAGUGUCGCUUCCAAAGCACCGACAUCCUGCCCAUCAAUGUGUACGCCAACUUCCUGGCCUACCUCAAGGAGAACUAUAAGCGCGUCUGCGAGACUUUAGAGCCGGUGAUUGGCGUCAAGGCCAAGGAGGACAUUGGCCAGGCUUUGGUACUGCUGAUGCAUGCCCAGGGCCUGGCGGGAGCCUUUCUCACCGACGUCGUGGCGCUGGAUCUGUUGCGCGUGGGCGACCAGAGGCUGACUUUCCGCGGCAACUCGCUGGCCACCAAGAGCAUGGAGGCAUUCCUGAAGCUGACCGGUGAACAGUAUCUCCAGGACACGCUCUCGGCGCCCAUUAACGAGCUUAUUCAAUCGGAGCGCGACUGCGAGGUGGAUCCCACCAAGGCCAGUGGCUCCUCGGCGGGCUCGUUGCAGCGUCAGCAGGCGGCCUUGCGCGGAGCAGUGCGCGGUGCCUGGCAGUGCAUCUUCGAGUCGCACAAGCACUUUCCACCGCAGCUUCGCAACUGCUUUGCCACGUUCCGGGAGCGCCUGCAGCUGCUCGGCCGCCAGGAUAUGGCCGACAAUCUGAUCUCGGCUAGCAUUUUUCUGCGCUUCCUUUGCCCCGCCAUCCUGUCGCCGUCGCUGUUCAAUAUCACCAGUGAACUGCCAUCGGCGCGGGCCACCCGCAAUUUGACGCUGGUGGCCAAGACCCUGCAGACGCUGGCCAACUUUACCCGCUUCCAAGGCAAGGAGUACUUUAUGGAGUUCCUCAAUGACUUCCUCGAACAGGAGGCCGGUCGCAUGCAGCAGUUUCUGGAGUUUAUAUCGACGCGGCCAGAGCAUCCGGCCCCGGACUCAAUCCUCGACUGGGCCGGCUACAUAGAUCAGGGCAAGCAGCUGUCCAUUCUGCAUAGUUUGCUUAGCGAGAGUCUGGCCAAGCUGCCGGAGGCCAGGCAGCACGAGCUGGAUCCCCUGCAGCAUAUUCUGGACGAGAUCACCAGGGCCCGGGAGCAGGGCAGCCUGGGCGUGGCCAUACCCGGUGGCUAUUUGCCGGCCACCUCGUCCACGCACUCGAUAGCAAGCGAGAAUCAGGAGAAUCGCCAUCCAGGCGGCUUGCAGAGCAAUCCAGAGCAGCAGCAGCAGCAACAGCAGCAGCAGUUGCUGCCCCAGCACCAGAGUCAGCUGGCGCAGCCACAGCAUGCGAUUGUCAGCAAGCCCUUGUCGGCGGAAAGGGGCAUCAUGCGAGGUGUGCUCACGCCCAAUUCGCUGGAGAAGAACAUCUUUCGGUACAAUGAUCCCACAGUUAAUGGUUUGCUCCAGCAGCAGCAGCAGCAGCAGUUGCAACAGCAGCAGCCACAGCAUCCCCACCAUCAGCAUCCGCUGCAGCUGCUCUCCAACUCCCAAACCUCGAUUGCUGCCAGCAACCAGUACAUGAGCUCGCCCGGUGGCGGCCUGCAGCAUGCCCAAUCGCAGACCUCCAUGGCCAGUUCAUCGCUCAAUGGAAGCAGCAGCAACCUGCUACAUGCAGGCCACCAGCAACAGCAGCAGCAGCUUGUCCAUCAGCAGCAGCAGCAGCUUCAUCAACAUCACUGCCCGCCGGCUCCUCAGACGAGUGCCUCCAGCACCAUGGAGCGCAUGGAUCGCAUGGAUCGCCUGAACUAUCCCUAUAUGGCCCACAAUGGCAACGACUACGAUGCCAGCACCCCUUCCAGCACACGCUCUAGGACACUGCCACGCAAUGGGAAUCCAAAUGGCUCCACCACCAUGAUGACCAGCAUCAGCAAUAACAACAACAGCAACAACAACAAUCAGAGCGGCAGCUACGACGACAUGCACGGUGAGUUUCAGAUACAGAUCUCCGGUCUAGACACAAGCAGUGCCUUUGUCUGCAAAUCCCCAACGCCCAUGAUGAAGUCCAGCUUGGGCGGCGGAGGACCAUCAGCUGGCGGGCGAAGCCACCACAAGCUGAAUCUGGGAAUACCCGAUCAUUCGGGCGGCUAUGCGCGCAACAAUAACCUCAAUCCCAACUCGAAUAUGCCCAAGAACCUGGAGGAUCUUGACGAUCUGUUCAAGUAUGCCGAGGAGCAUGAUGUGGCGGAGCCAGGCAGUCACCAUCACCAUCAUGGGCACAGCCAGAGUCAGAGCCAGCAACAACAGCAACAGCAGCAGGGACAGGGACAGGCACAGGGACAAGGACAAGGACAACACCUCAAGCCAGGUGCCAGCGGCAAAGAGCAGCUCUCGGCCAAGAGCAGCCACUGCAGCUCCGGCUAUCAGAGCAUCUCCACCAAUCCCUCGCCCUCGCAGUCAUCCAGUCCCGUGGGCAGCCAACUGAAGGCAUCAAUGGCCAGCGGGCCCAAUGCUCCGCUGGCUUUCAAGAAUCCCUCCUAUCAGCUGCAGCCUCAGACUGGUGGCGGUGGCUCCUCCUCAGCCCUUUCCUAUCAGCAGUUGCAGCAGCAGAUUGGCAGCCGACUCAAGCCCAUUGGAGGCGGCUUGGUGGCCGCCAGAGCGGCGUUCCUCAACAGUGGAGGAACCCUGGAUGCGGCCACUUUAACGCCCAGCUCCUCGGAUGAGCAACUGUCGGCGGAUAACUACUUUAGUUAUGCUGCUGCGGCGGCGGCGGGAGCAGGAAUUUCCGGCAAGCUGGAGGCACAGCGCUCGCUCAGCGGCGGCAGCAGUUCCUCCACCUCGGCCUCGGCCUCCACCUCGAAUCUGGGCAAGAGCGGUAAUGGCAGCAGUGCCUAUGGACGCCUAAAUGGGCCAUUAAAGCGAGAGGAUGUCUACGGCAGCGGCUAUGGCGGCAGCAGUGGCAAUGUGGGCUAUGUCGGUGGUCACCACCAGCAGCAUGCCCAGCAUCCGCAGCAGCAGCAACAGCAGCAGCAGCGGGAGCGGGAACUGGAGCUGAAACAGUAUGCCGGCAGUGCGACCGGCAGCGUGGGCUCAGCCACAUCGGCGGCCCAGAGGCGCCUCAGCCUGGACUCUGCGCGCACGCUGUCCGACAGCAGCACAGACACGGAGGGUCACGGCCAUCAGUUGCAGGAGGGCAAGCGACGCAGGCAGUUGCGCAGCAGCGGCGGCAGCAGCGGAGGAGGAGGAGCUGGGAAUGGCGCCUCCACAGAGCAGGGACUAGGCAAGGGCGGCUACGACCAGAACGGAGAGAUUCAGCUGCUGCAGCAGACGUUGGACACGUUGCGACACACCCUCGACCGUGAUGAGGCGGAGGUGCGGGACGAGCUCUUCGGCCUGCAGCGACAGGCGGGCAGCGCCGCCGGCAGCAAUGGGACCAACAACCUCAGCCUGCAGUCGGAGUCCACGAUGCGCAGCAUUAUCGACAGCUACCUGCAUUCCUCCCGCAGACUCAUCACCAUGGAGGAGGAGCUGCGCCGCGAGCAGCUGAAGAUGUCGCUGGCGCUGUCGCACAAGCAGCGCGUCAUCGAGGAGCAAGGCCAGCAGAUAGCGGCGCUAGACGCGGCCAAUAGCCGGUUGCUGAGCGCCCUGACAGCCCUGCGUCAGCGGUACGAGACGCAGCAGCAGCAACAGCAGGCACAGCAGCAGCACCAAGCACCACCAAAGAACCAGAAGCCACAGUGAGCGGAUGGAUGGAUGAAGGAGGACACAGAGAAGCAGUAGGAGACCCAAACCACAACCCCAACCCCAACCCCAACCCAAGCCAAGACCAAGACCUAGGAUACUGACGGUGGCAUCUUUUCGUUGUACACAAAACACACACGUAGAAUAUAAAACUAUAUCAUCGGGACACCGUCGUGGUUCUCUGGCUUUUUUGUUUAUUUUUUUUUUAGCUAUUUUUUUUUGUAUGCUACACAUAAAUUAUACUACAUGUUUAAUAAUAUAUAAUUACGCAUAACAUACACAUACAGUUAUAAAUAAUUUCUCAAUCUAUGUUUAAAAACAAAACAAGAACAAAAACCAACCAAGAUGUGAAAAUGCAAAAAGCAAAAGCUAUCGGCAAGCAGAGCAGUAAGAUAAUCUGAAAAGUAGAGAUACAAAAGAAGAAAGUUAAUCCGAAAUGGAUCUGAAAUGGAGGAGAGAGCAUGGCAGUGUGAAGAAAGAAACAAGAACAAGUUUAAGAUAAUGAAUAAAAUUAUAACCAAAGUUAGACAAAAAAAAAA